GGCCUGUGGCUACUGAUUCGAUAUCUCCUGCCGAUGGGACAUUGAAUGAAGGUUUGGACCACUCGUCUAGCUUUGCAUCAGUCGCAUUCGAAAAGUAGCGCAAACAUGAAGCUGCUCGUGGUGAUAUUAGCUGUGAUCAGUCUUGCGGUGGCAGAAGAGCUUGAGCCGGAAGCUCGGUUGAUUGGCGGUACCAACGCUGCGUGGGGCCAAUUUCCCUCGGCCGUAUCGAUCAAUAACUUCCCCUUCCAUCUUCACUGCGGAGGCGUGAUUGUAGAUCGUCAACAUGUCCUCACCUCAGCUCAGUGUGUAUUGAAUCCCCAGAACCGGCUGAUCGAUCCCUACUGGUUGACGGUUGUGGCUGGAGAUGUUGCCCUGUCCCCGGUUGGAUCUCGUCGUCAGACUCGUAAGGUUACCCGAAUUUACGUCCAUCCGGAGUUCAACGUGUUCACUCGGGAAAAUGACGUUGCUGUCCUGCGUCUGGAUCGCCCGUAUGACCUUCCCUCGAAUACGGUAGACAUUGCCCGCCGACGAAUGCAAGUAACUCCGAAUGCCGAAGCGUGCCAGUUUGCCGGCUGGGGAGCAUCCACGAAUGCUGCUACUGCUCCGGUUAACGUGCUGCAACGAUUCCUGCCGAUGAACAUCAACGACCGUGAGCUCUGCAACGGAGCCGGUAUGCAUGCGGGCCGCGUGCUGGAAUCUAUGAUCUGUGCGGGUAACACAGCUGCUUCCAACAAUGCUGCUCCUUGCAAUGGUAAUCUGGGAACCGGCCUUUUCUGCAAUCGGCAGCUGGUGGGAAUCUUGUCGUUUGGAGUGAACUGUGGGGUUGCGAACAAUCCACCGGUAUUUACUCAGGUUCGUUACUUUAGCCGCUGGAUUGAUCAGCAGUUCAAUCGCACCGAGGGAUUGCCGCCAAAUUGGACGCCGGGUGUUUUGUAAAGGCUUGAAGCGGGUGUUUGUGUUUGAAUAAAUUGUAAGAAA